AUGCUUCUAGGACAGGGCCGCUUUGCCAAUGCUCAGACUGGAUACCCCCUUCAAGUGUAUGAUAAAAUUAUUCAAAUUGCCACGAGAGCAUGGAAAGCCCUUCUGAAUAGAGGGGAAGUGGCAGGAAAUCUAACUAAAGUCAUUCAAGGACCAACUGAGCUUUUUGCUGAUUUUGUGGCACGAAUGGUUGAAAUGGCAAGCAGAAUUUUUGGGGAUGCUGAUCAGGCCAUGCCAUUAGUGAAACAAUUGGUUUUUGAACAAUGUACUAAAGAAUGUAGACAAGCAAUUAACCCGUAUAAGGGCAAAGGCCUAGAGGACGAGACAGUCAAGAUAACAAGCGCUAAUGGUGCAAGCCUUCGCAGCUAUCGAGGUGGGUCAAUCCCCUCAUGUAUGGCUCGGCAUGCUAGAGAAGUAGUCAAUGACGGUGGUCAGGUCUCUGCCCUCCACAAACGCAUAGGAGAGAUUGCCGAGGUGGCAGCCAUGUGUGGAGUCAACAUCAUCUGUUUCCAGGAGGCGUGGAAUAUGCCCUUUGCUUUUUGUACACCAGAAAAACUUCCUUGGACAGAAUUUGCUGAGUCGGCAGAGGAUGGGCUCACCACCAGGUUCUGUCAGAAGCUUGCCAAGAAGUACAAUAUGGUGGUGAUAUCUCCAAUUUUGGAGCGUGAUAGAGAUCAUGGAGUUCUGUGGAACACAGCCGUGGUGAUCUCCAAUUCAGGACUGGUCAUGGGAAAGACCAGAAAGAAUCACAUCCCGAGAGUGGGCGACUUCAACGAGUCCACCUACUACAUGGAGGGAAACCUGGGCCACCCCGUGUUCCAGACCCAGUUUGGCAGGAUCGAGGUGAACAUUUGCUACGGGUGGCAUCACCCCCUCAACUGGCUCAUGUACAGUAUCAACGGAGCUGAAAUCUUCAACCCUUCGGCCACCAUUGGGGAACUCAGUGAGUCCCUGUGGCCGAUCGAAGCCAGAAACGCAGCCAUUGCCAAUCACUGCUUUACCUGUGCCCUCAACCGUGUGGGUCAGGAAUGUUUCCCCAACGAGUUUACUUCUGGAGAUGUUAAGAAAGCUCACCAUGACCUUGGCUUCCGUUCGAGCUACGUGGCAGCUCCCGAUGGUAGCCAGACCCCCGGCCUCUCCCGUAAUCAGGAUGGACUGCUGGUCAUUGAGCUCAACCUCAAUCACUGCCAGCAGAUCAACGAUUUCUGGACGACUUUCAAGAUUACAGGACGACUUGAGAUGUACGCCCGGGAGCUUGCCGAAGCGGUCAAACUCAACUGCAGUCCCAACAUUGUGAAGGAAGAUCUGGUUCUACCCCCUAGCUCGGGUUAG